AUGGCGCACAUGGCGAACCCGCUCGCAACGGCGGACCAGCUCUACCGGCGCAACAACCUGGCCGCGCUCCCCCAGGACCUGCAGGACGCCAUCUUCUACCAGACGCAGCUGCUCACCCAGGCCGCCGGGCUCCUCCUGCGCAUCCCGCAGUCCGUGACGGCGCAGGCGAACGUGAUACUGGCGCGCUACUGGCUGGUCGACUCGCCCCUCGUCCACGAGCCCAGCGACGCCUCCGCGGCCUCGCUGUUCGUCACCGCAAAGCUCAGCGCGCACCCGGUGCCCCCGCGGGACCUGAGCAACGUGUACGCCUACCUGCUGUCGCCAGGCUCGCCGCUGUUCCGGAGGCCGGCCCCGCCCGACGACCCGGCCUCGUACUACCUCUCGGAGGCGGCGUACACGGCCUUCCACAACCGCAUCCUGGUGGUGGAGGCGCGCAUCCUGGGUGCCCUGUCCUUCGACACGCACGUGGCGCUGCCGCACCCGCUAGCCGUCACGUACCUACAGGCGCUAGACUUCAUGGCGCAGCCCCGGGCGCGGAUCACCAGGCGCGUCGUCGAGUACCUAAACACAGCGCUAUUAAGCCCGCAGAUGCUGUACGUGACCCACCAGCCGCAUGCCCUGGCCGUCGCCGCCAUAUACAACGCCGCCAAGGAUACCGGGGCCAAGAUGCCCGAGUGCCCGUGGUGGGAGGUUUUCGAUGUCGACCGGGAGGAGCUGGGCUUUCUCGUCGUCGGCAUGCGGAGUUUGGACGGGUGGGUCAGAAAGAUGGGGGAGGAGAUCGAGGAGUUUGGCGCCGGAGGCAUGGUUAGGAGGAGAGGUAUCGAGGCGGAAUUGGCAAAGAGGGGGAUCGUUAUUGCUCAGAAUGGGGUGGCCGGAAAAGAGCUGGAUGAGGAAGAAGCUAUGAUGAGAAACUUGGACGAAAGGGCCGCGCAGAUGGAGAGUUGA